CAGAGGCCCAUUCAUCUACGCCUCUUCAAUAGUGACGCCGUAACCCUAUCUAAUUCUAGGGUUUCCACAAAUUUUUGAUUUUGUUAUUCAAUCAAAAAUUUCUGCUUUAUAGCGACAAAUCGACGGAUCUACAAUCUGAACCUUAGCCCCUUUUUUGUUUUUGCGAUUUGAUUUUAGUGUUUUUUGGUAAAAGAAAGGAAGGGAAAUUUCAGAUCUGAAAUCGAAAAAGGAUGUCUCGGUGUUUUCCAUACCCACCACCUGGCUAUUCGAUGAAUAGAGCCAACAAUGAAGCCUUGAUCGAAUCGAUUAAGCUCCAAAAGGAGAGGGAGAUAGCUAAAGCAGAAAAGAAGGACAAGAAGAGGGAAAAGAAAAGAGAAGAGAAGAAGGCAAAAAAGGAAAAGAAGAGUAAUCUUGGAUUUGACAAGGCCACUCAUGAGUCCAAAGGGAAGUACUUGUUUAAAUGUCUAGAAGAUGAAGCUGAGCAAUUGGAGAGGAGCAACCUCACUGAGGAACAUGGCAACGCCGUGUGCUCACAGAAUUCCAGCUGCUCAUCUGACAGCACCCAGAAUAGCAAUAAAAGGAAGAGGCCUGCCUCACCUUCACAUGCUGGCAUACAGGCGCAUGGUAGCAUUAUCAGGAUUAGAUUGUCUAAAAAGGGUGUGCAUGGUGAGAUAUCAGCUUCCAAAGAGAAGCAUUUGCCUAAGCCUGCUCAACCAGAAGCAGAAGUUACUGUCAGGGCAAUUGCCGAAAGAGCUAAUCCUUUGUCCAAAGCUACAAACAACCAAGGUUGUCGUCCUCCUCUACCAGUUGUCGUGCCAAGUGCAUCUACUUCUGGGCGGAUCCACAGUGUGGCUGUAGACAAGGCAACUCCAUCAUGCUCCAAAGUGCACGAGAACAGCAUAGAAUUUCAGUACAAGAAUUUGAUAGAGAACUGGCUUCCACCAAGUCUUCUGCAAAGUGAUCAUCUUGAUGUUGACGAUGAUCAAGCGUGGCUAUUCCAAAGAAAACCUAAGCAAAGGAGAGUGGAGGAAACAAAUGUAUGCAGCAAUGACACAACUUGUGGAAGCUCUGCAUUGUGGCCGCGGGCGCAAUACCUUCAGGGUGCUGAUUUGUAUGCACUGCCCUUCACAAUUCCGUUUUGAACCAUUGCAACUGUGUAUAGUAGUUGAUCAUUUAGUAGGCCAGGGAAUUUUGUAGCUCUUCUCUGGAAACAGCUGUAGUUUAACCUGGAGUUCAGUGGCAAUGACAGGAAUAUUCUUUUUAUUUUUCAGCAGCGAGUUGCAUCAAUUUCAUGAAUCAAUGAAAGAUUAAUAUAGAAGUAGAUUUUCUUCUCUCA